CAUCCAUUCAGAGCGCCAACACCAGCACCAUGACCAUGACGCUGGGUUACUGGGACAUCCGAGGGCUGGCUCACGCCAUCCGCCUGCUCCUGGAGUACACAGACUCAAACUAUGAGGAAAAGAAGUACACGAUGGGGGACGCUCCCGACUAUGACAGAAGCGAGUGGCUGAAUGAAAAAUUCAAGCUGGGCCUGGACUUCCCCAAUCUGCCCUACUUAAUUGAUGGGGCUCACAAGAUCUCCCAGAGCAACGCCAUCCUUCGCUACAUUGCUCGCAAGCACAACCUAUGUGGGGAGACAGAAGAGGAGAAGAUUCGUGUGGAUAUGUUGGAGAAUCAGGUUAUGGAUACCUCCAAUCAACUGGCCAGAGUCUGCUAUAGCCCUGACUUUGAGAAACUGAAGCCUGAGUACUUGGAGGUGCUUCCAGAAACAAUGAAGCUCUUCUCACAGUUUCUGGGGAAGAGGCCUUGGUUUGCUGGGGACAAGCUCACCUAUGUGGAUUUCCUCGCUUAUGACAUCCUUGACCUGCACCGCAUAUUCGAGCCCAAGUGCCUGGAUGGGUUCCCAAACUUGAAGGACUUCAUCACCCGCUUAGAGCGGGCUCACGCCAUCCGCCUGCUCCUGGAGUACACAGACUCAAACUAUGAGGAAAAGAAGUACACGAUGGGGGACGCUCCCGACUAUGACAGAAGCGAGUGGCUGAAUGAAAAAUUCAAGCUGGGCCUGGACUUCCCCAACCUGCCCUACUUAAUUGAUGGGGCUCACAAGAUCACCCAGAGCAACGCCAUCCUUCGCUACAUUGCUCGCAAGCACAACCUAUGUGGGGAGACAGAAGAGGAGAAGAUUCGUGUGGACAUUUUGGAGAAUGAGGUUAUGGACACUCGCAUGCACCUGGCCAGAGUCUGCUACAGCGCUGACUUUGAGAAACUGAAGCCUGAGUACUUGGAGGCGCUUCCUGAAAAGGUGAAGCUCUUCUCACAGUUUCUGGGGAACCUGCCCUGGUUUGCAGGGGAUAAGAUCACUUUUGUGGAUUUCAUUGCUUAUGACCUCCUUGAGCGACUUCAUAUGUUUGAGCCCAAGUGUCUGGAUGCAUUCCCAAACCUGAAGGACUUCAUGGCCCGCUUUGAGGGCCUGAAGAAGAUCUCUGCCUACAUGAAGACCAGCCGCUUCCUCCCCAGCCCUGUAUUUCUAAAGAUGGCCUUGUGGGGCAACAAGUAGAGCCCUGUAUGGCCAGGAGAGGGAACGAGGAGCCAGUGCCAUGAUUGCUGCCCUAGGGCCCUGGAGAACAGCUGGACCCUCCUGCACUCCCAUAGUCACCCCUUUUGUUCUUUUUUCCUUCCUUUCUUUACCCACCCGCACUCAGUCCUUAUUUAGCCCCUUUCCUUCUCCCUGUCCCUAUUCAUCCAGGCCCUUUAAAGCUUCAGUUCCCUACUUUCUUCAGCAAGGUCCCUCCAACGUUAUCCUUCCUGCACUAAAGUUAACCAGACUGUCCUCCCUUCGGUGGGUGCUCUGCGUUGAGGUCUCUAGGCAGACCCCUGGCCUGUAGAGCUUGUCCCUGAGCUCCCAGCACUGCCCUGAAGACCAAUAUUGGCCUGACGUGCAGGCCCUGCUCUGCCCACGUAGUCCCUGCCCAGCCCUGCCUGAUCCCCAGUAAAGCCUUAAUCACA